AUGUCUCAACAGAACACAGGUAUCCGUGUUCCAGAAAGCGCCGAGACUGCCGGGGUUCAGGGAGAUGCUCCAGUGGAUAUGGGUAGUGUUAGGCAAAAGCGCGCAUACCUGACAGAUGUGGACAAAACCAAUUUGAUGAAGUUAUGUGUCGAGUAUCAAGCGGAGCACAAGGCAGGAAAGAAGACUGCGUUCUGGAGCAUGAUUAGCGAGAUGCUGCUGUAG